CUGUGACUCAAGGCAUGCUGGAAUGUGAAUAAUUAAGUUUCUGUGGCCCAGUUGAACGGCGCUGAAGAUCGGACCAGAUGGAGGUAAAUCGUCGAUACCCUAUGCACUUUUUGGCACAAAAAGGAUUAUCUAGUUAAGUUAGUUAAUUGCUCAUGUAGUGGGAUUCAGGGGGACAACCAUGGGGCCAUCAGUGUGCAGCCCACAUUGUGCCCAAAGUGCAGGCUGUAUCCCAAGGGCUGCAUUAGGGGCCCACAGUAUGGGGCCCACAUGUAUUCUCCAUUUCACAACCCAAACAGGGCCCAAUUUUCAGCUCACAGUGACCCCAAAAAGACUUGUUUGCUGGGUAACUAUUUCAGGCAAUACAGUAAACUUGGACAUGGCAGCUCACUUAUUACAUGAUUUUUAUAAUCUCAAGAAAGCUUUUAAAUUUACAUGAACCUGUACUAAACUAUGCAAAUGACAUUUCAAGGCAUGCAAACGAAUGAAUGUGUAGCUGGUCGAUAUACCGUUACCGGUUAUACCCAACCUCAGCGGGGGUAACAACACGACAUUAAGCGUGACUCACAGAGGUGUCUAUGUCGCCGAUUAUAAAUCUUUUUAACUGUCAAAUAAAACAAUCAGUUACCAGUAAUACCUUAACUGGAAUAUGAAUAUAUUGUAAACAUUUUUAAGUCACUGCACCCUUUCCCCUUGUAAAGUUUAUGAAAUCUUGCCCGGCGAAGGCGAAGUCCCUGUUUCUCCCGUUAAAUCUCAGGACUUCCUCCUCCAGCUGCGGAGUCCGAUCACGCUCAAUGGCCGCAUCCUGCGUGCGAACGCGGGGGGCGAGUCUCCGAGUCGCCGGGACUCCGGGACCAGAGUCAUGGCUGAAGGCGGCAGCCACGCCGCAUAUUAACAUACUGGGGAGGAUUCUCCGCAUCAUCUGCCGUUAGCGAAAACUUCUGCGGCGGCGAAGGGAUAUAAAACGGCUGAAGAUCGUCCAUACUGGAUUACUGUCAAGGCGAGAAGGGAUACGGUGCCGCGGAGACAGUGUCUGAGCAGCUGUACAGCUUGCCAGGGAAUCACAUGCUCCAGUGGGAACCUGUCCAGGGAGCAGCAGACAGAAAAGGGGGAAGUAUCUCACUGCAGCUGCUCUUCAAGGCCUGCUGGGUCCCCAGGAGGAAAGCUUUUUAUUGCAUGAGGAUGAGAACAUUUUGCUCCUGAACCUUGGAUAAUCCAGUAAAGAAGGAGGGAGAAAACGGACAAACGGACAGUGCACUGGACGUAGAACCUUUCCUGUCCAGUUAGGAUAGAGGAGCACAAAUGCGUCUGUAUUGCCGCCGUAUGCCAUGCUGACCCUGGGGGCAGGAAGAGGAGGCCGAGGAGGAGUUGGGGAAGCAGGGACCUCUGGGCCUCCUUCCUCAGUAGGCAGACAUCUCAGCCAUGAUCCAGGAAUAAAUAUAAAAAAGAAGAUUUCCCAGUGGGAAGGUCGCAGCCAAUUAGAAGGGGAGCAGUGUUGUACCAGCAAGGGGCAAUGGGUCCCAGUGUCCCGAACUCUCUCUGGGGGCGUCCAUGGAAAUGAAGCGUGUUGCAAUAACAAGAGAUGUGAACCUUGGGCAAAGGCAUGCCUGGCCAAGGCCAAAAGCCUGGGGCUGGAUUUCAGGGAAGCCCAGGGAAGAGGUACAUGCAGAGUUAAUGGGAUGAUGGGUGCCCUGGAUGAUGUAGAAGAUCCUAAUUCUGUCUCUCAAACAACGGUAUGCGAGUCUGUGGAUCCCAGCAACUCCACAAUUGCCAAGGACAGCGAAGACAUCAGAGGGCUUGCAAAUGUGAAGCUGGCAGAUGAGGACCAGUGUCAUUCCCCACCCUUAGGUUUGGAUGACCCUGCGCUGAUGCUUCCUCCAGGCAGCUUCUAUAUAUCCCGGGGCUUCUGGUGUAAGUUGGAAGGGAGUGAUGUGGCCCAGAUCGGGAAGAGUCCACCACAGCCGCCCGUCAUUGAAACUGAGCACAGAGACACACACCCAGCAACCCCACCACCAAAGCCUCAGCGUACUUUUCAGUACAAGGGGGCCAAGACUGUCCCUGGAAGGCCACACCAAGCAGAGAAGUGGACUUCAUGCGCCAACCAAUCUCAGCUUAGCUGUCAGGUCAGCUGGUGUCCGCCAGACUGCCCACGUCCCCCUCGUCCCAUCUUCCAUGGCAGCAGCAUACCCAAGCACAAAAACAGGAAGUCUUUUGAGUUUGAGGAUGUCGUGCAGUUUACGGGACAGGGGACAGUGACAGACGAGCUUCAGCCAUCGGACAUAUACCAUGCUUUGUCGAAUGACAAUGUGUACGAGGACAUAAUACAGAAUUCAUAUGAGGACGUGAAGCUAUUUCCAAUGUGUCUGCCGCAUGGCCGCCCAGCCCAGAGAGACAGAUGCCGGACUCCCCAGCUUCCUCCCAAACCCUCUGUCCUGCUAGCUUCCCCUGAAAAAAUGGAGAAGAGGAGCAGCCAGAAGAAAGGGCCAGCAGGUAUGGCCACAGUCACGAUGUCCAGACCUGCUCCUAAACCGGCAGCGCCUAAGCACCGCUCAAGAACACAGCCACUAUCCCAGUAUGUGAACAAGAUCCAGGAAAUCUUCAACAUCAAGAGGGGAAGGAAGAGAUUGAGGAGUCAGGGGAGGAAUGGAUAUGACAGCACGGUCAGGGAAGAAACUAGUGGGACAGAUAGUGAUCCUGAAGACGACAGCACAGGUAGGCGACGGCGGUGUGUGCAUGUACAGUCCACACUGCGCAGGAGCCCGCGGUACAGCACACUGGAGCGAGACUUAAUCUGUCUACAGCAGCAGCAGCUCUUCCAGCUCUUUGCAGUGGUUUCACUGCGGAGGAGUUCCCCAGGGAACACAUACAGACCUGAGAUUACACAGCAGUUUCCCAAUAAGUUUGAGAAGUCAUCUCGUCAUUCUCGAGAAACUGAAGACAGGUUGAAGGCCAUUCCCAAGUUCUGCUUCCCCGACUCUCAGGACUGGCGGCCCUGCGGAGAGCUACCAAGUGAAACUUUUUCCUUCGUUCUGACUGGAGAAGAUGGAAGCCGAUGGUUUGGUUACUGUCGAAAGAUCCUGCCCAGUGGAAAGGGAAAGCGGCUUCCCGAAGUUCACUGUAUCGUCAGCAGGCUAGGGUGCUUCAACCUGUUUGCUAAGGUUCUGGAGGAGGUGGAGAGGCGGAGGGAGAUCUCGCCGGCGCUCGUUCAGCCGUUCAUGCGCAGCGUUAUGGAAGCACCCUUCCCUGCUCCUGGACGCACCAUCACUGUCAAGAGCUUCCUCCCUGGUUCUGGGAAUGAGGUGCUGACGCUGUGUCGGCCUGUGGAUUCACGCCUGGAGCACGUGCACUUCCAGAGCCUGCUGCAGUGCCUCAGUGUUGGUCACCUUCUGCAGGUGUUUGCCUCCCUGCUGCUGGAGAGGAGAGUGAUCUUCAUCGCAGACAAACUCAGCACUCUCUCACACUGUGCCCACGCUGCCCUGGCACUGUUGUACCCUUUCACCUGGCAGCACACGUUUGUGCCAGUGCUGCCUGCCAACAUGCUGGACAUCUGCUGCUCUCCCACACCCUUCCUGAUGGGGGUGCUGUUCUCUUCUCUGCCCCAGCUGUUGGACCUUCCCAUAGAGGAGGUAUUGAUCGUGGAUCUGUGCAUGGACAAGUUCGUCAGACAGUUGGGUGAUGAGGACUGCAUCCUGCCCAGCAAGCUGCAGGCUGCCCUGCAGCACAUUUUGGAGCACAGGCAACAAAUCAUGGGGCAGGCAGAAGGCGCCAGUGGAUCAGAUGAAGAGCAGACCCUGAACUCACUCAUAUCGGAAGCAUUUGUGCACUUCUUUGUGGAACUGGUGGGCCACUACAAAUCACACAUGAGCGAGGCCGCAGGCCGGGCGCGGGAGCUGCAGCGGGAAGCGUUCCGCAAGUCGCAUCCCUCGCGGGGGGCCCGCCAGUUUCUGCAGCUCUUCAUGGAGACACAGAUGUUUGCUGGCUUCAUCCAGGACCGGGAACUGCGCAAGGGCGGUGUGACGGGACUAUUUGAACUGAGGGCUGUGGAACAUCUGAACUCAAACCCACAGCCUGAGCCCACUGGAGUGAACAGGUUCAUCAAGGGACUGGGGAAUAAGAUGAAGUUUUUGCAGAAGAAGUAGAUUGGUGAUUUGGUUUGCGUGCCACAAUGAAGAGACUGACUGAACAGGCCUGCACUUCCAAUUCUCAGCAUGUGAUCCAGUUUCUCAGGUGCAGCCUGAGCUCAGCCACACAUGACCUGUAUGACUCGCCCUGAGCUUAGGGGGAGCUGUGAAUGACACCUGCUGAUAUGAGAAAAGCAGGACUUUGCACAUUCCCCUCAUAAAUCCAUUCAGCAUUGGUCCAGAUUUAAGUGAGCAGAAAGAAGAGGUGAAACAUGCUGGCAUGAAUUUUCUUCUAUGUCAUCUCAAAGCGCAGAUAAACUGGUAUUUUGUUGUACGGGAGAAGCAGGCCCCAGUCUGCAAUGCAUGUAUUCUCAGGCUACAAACAGUGCUGAAAAUGCCUUUGACUUUUAUUUUAUGUCACUGUUUAUGCCUUAAAGCUGCUAGCCUCAGUUAAAUUUUGCAACAUUGUCUUAAUAUGUACAUGCCUCAAAACUGAUGAAGCACAAACACUUUGUAAUUAAAAAAAAAAAUUUAUCUGCAGGUUGGUAAGCACAGCGACGCAGUGGGCUGAGGGCUUUAACUCCGCGGUCUGCAUCUGUGGACAGUUUGCAUGUUCUCCCUGUCCACACUGGUUUCAACUGAAUACUUCAGUUUACCGAAGUUAGGUUAGUGCAGUGGUCCUAAAGGUGGUCCCUGGACCAUUGGUGGUCUACGAGCGUCUGCUUGGUCUGUAGGCUCACAGUCAUCUCUCUUAAAGCUGUUUAGGACAAAGGAAAGAAAAAAAGUAUUUUACAGAAGUCUGAAUUAUUGUGGACUAGUUCUUUCUUUUUCCGCCGGUGCCAAUUUAUUGUGUUUUACAUUUAUGCACCAAACAUUAAAUGAUGUCACACAUUUAGAACAAGAUGGUCAGUUUGCUGGUGGCAUCCUUGCAACUCUGCAAUAACCCGUGAUGUGAUCUAGUGGUUCUGCUGUUUGUUUUGAUGCAUGAGUGUGAUUCAACCGUUGCACUUACUAUUGUUAAUACCAUUUUGUAAAUCCAUAUUAUAUUGUGAAUAAAGUUUUUGUUUAUAAUA